CCAGGAGAAAUGAAGUGGGUUCAAAUCGAAGAAUCACAAGGUUCAUAAGUCCUUGAGCCAGAAGUGGGCCAAGAUGUCUUCGUAGAAAUCAUGGUUCCGGGUCGGAAUGGUCGAGAUUUGGUUGGUUGUUGCCAGAGAUUGUCUCCGGCAUGGGAAAAAAAUCCUUUAAGCAGAGCAAGAUGCCCAACGCCUUGAAAAUCCGAUAUUAUCUCCUUAUUUUUAUUGAGAAUAUGCAGUCAACAGGCAACGGUGAUUUGUUGUUUCCUCAAAUUCUAUAAUAUUCAUUUUGGAACUAGUGACGUAUUUGAUGUGUCGGAACACGGUGGUUCAUUUAAGCACCUCUACCUGGAAAGACAUCUCGAGGGACUUUUGGAGAGUUUCCGCCCAUUGGAAAUGGAUUUGUACGACAUCAAAGAGUUGCUUCCUACUUUGGAGCCUUUCAUCAAAAAACUGAAUGUUACCAAACUCCUGCCACCUAUAGUACUUAUGACGCAAGGUCGAGAUUCCCAUUUACCGAGUGACGACGACGACCUUGAUGAUGACGACAAUCUAAGUGGAGAAGGAGAGGAGGGCGAGAGCGAUGGCGAACUUCAAACUGGAAACCAAGGUCUUAAGGCUAAAUCUGAAAUCUCAACACCUAGAGGGUCGAGUGGUCUUAGUCAUAUUUCGGCAGACGAUUCCAUCAGAUAUGGCAUUCACACUGGCCCGGAGAUCAACAUGAAAGUUCCAGGAAAUCAUCUUGACUUUGGGCAGAUUCUUCCGUCAUUAGGCGAGUUAGAAGAAUUCAGUGUGACAUACCAAUUACGCAACUGCGGUACUGAUUUCCGAUGGAACAUCUAUGGGAUGACUUCUAGGGAUGGUGACUAUCUCGCUGUGGGAUUAAAAUCAAGUAAAAUGUUGCGAAAAUUUUCGAUCUGGAAAAGCAACCUCGACGACGACAAGUUCUACGAUAUCUACGAUGGACUUAAGAAUCUAACUAGAUUGGAGGUGCUGGAAUUUUCCAACAACUUUCUAAGCGACGAGAGUGCCACAAGUUUGGUCAGGAUACUCAACUGCAAUCAAAUUGUGCACCUGGAUCUGACCAAUAACGCAUUUACAUCGGGAGGGGCCGAGAUUUUGGCCAAAUUCCUUCUCUCAGCGGAAUCCAAGUGCAAGCUCAAAAGGCUCUUAUUCUCACUGAAUAAUCUCCGCAGUGAGGGAUGCAUGCAUUUGUGCGAGGCGCUCGUGAAGAACCGCACGCUCUGCCAUUUGGAUAUCUCAUCGAAUCGUUUGGAUUCCAAGUGUGCCAAACACAUUGCCAAAAUGCUUCGAGCGAACCAAACUCUUCGGGUACUGAACCUCUCAAACAAUAAUCUGGGACCGGAAGGUGGCACUGAGAUUUCUCGAGGAAUGGCCUUGAACUCGACCCUGCAAGUAUUAGAUUUAAGAUUAACCUUUUGCGGUAAAGACGUCGAUUUGGCAACUCAGGCAAAACUUCUGUCAAACAAAUCCAAACCAUCUGGUUGGUCCAUCCGUGACGAGUUGCGCGAAAAACUCGUUACCAGCCGUGCCAGAGCUGGCGACAUCGUUCCUCGACAAUAAAUGAAGGACAAAUUCCUAGAUAGAGGCUUCUUUAUUUCUUGUAGAUGGUAUAGAAGGGCGCAUUACAUAGUAUCAGUCACGUUCCCAUCAUGUGGCAGGGUGUGUAAAGAGUAAAAAAUGUGUCGAUCUUAGGCUUGGCCGCCUCCUUUCGUGUUUGCUGAUGUUAGGCUGAACAAUCAUAGACCAAGAUGCGCAUGGAAUAUUUGGGGGGGGGGAGGGAGUUAUGACAGGGAAAAACAACUAAAACAAAGGUCAAGUCCAGAUCUGAUCUGACAUGGACUAGGGUCCAAUCCUCCGGGGGUCUCCCAGUCGUGGGAUUUGUCUUGUUUUAGAACUUCUCUUCAUUCAGA